GGACAGUAACAAGCCGAAGAAGCGGUGGACACACUGAUACGAUGGAUUUCAAUCUCAAAAAGCUUACUUCUGAUGCAGGAGUCUUCUUCACCCGUGCAGUCCAGUUCACAGAAGAGAAGUUGGGCUCUGCGGAGAAGACUGAGCUCGAUGCCCACUUGGAGAAUCUGAUCGCCCGGGCCGACUGCACCAAGAACUGGACUGAGAAGAUCUUCAGGCAAACAGAGGUCUUGUUGCAGCCCAAUCCAAGUGCGCGUAUAGAGGAGUUUUUCUAUGAGAAGUUAGAUAAGAAGAUCCCAUCCAGGACAACCAAUGGAGAGCUGCUGGGACAGUAUAUGCUGGAUGCUGCUAAAGACUUUGGCCCAGGGACCCCAUAUGGCAGUACCCUGAUCACGGUGGGGGAGUACCAGAGUAGACUGGGCGGGGCGGAGAGGGAGUUCCUCCAGACCUCGGCUAUCAACUUCCUCACUCCUCUCCGCAACUUCCUGGAGGGAGACUGGAGAACCAUAUCUAAAGAGAGACGUCUCCUGGAGAAUCGGCGGUUGGACCUGGACAUCUGUAAAGCACGUGUCAAGAAAGCCAAGCAGGCCGAGGCUAAAGCGGCGGCGGAGCAGGAGCUGCGUGUGGCUCAGACAGAGUUUGACAGACAGGCCGAGGUCACCCGGCUGCUACUGGAGGGCAUCAGCAGUACACACGUCAACCACCUGCGCUGCCUGCAUGAGUUUGUGGAGGCCCAGGCUACAUACUAUGCCCAGUGCCACCAGUACAUGCAGGAGCUGCAGAAAGAACUGAGCAGGUACCCAAACUCUUUUGCCUCGAACGCCAACCCGUCCACCUCCGCCACAUCCCCCUCCCCCGUCUCCUCUGCCACCCUGCCAGGGGUCUCACCCCCAUGCCUGGCCUCCACCUCCACCCCUGGCAUCGCUCGGGAGCCUUCUGGCCCGCUGAAAAUCCAGGAUGUGCAGCAGCCUUCCACAGGCCACCGCAAGGCCAAGGUCCUGUAUGACUACGACGCCCACGACACUAGUGAGCUCUCCCUACUGGCCGACGAGCUCAUCACUGUCUACACAGUGCCAGGCAUGGACCCAGACUGGCUCGUGGGAGAGCGGGGCAACCAGAAGGGCAAGGUGCCCGUCACCUACCUGGAGUUGCUGAGCUAGAUGGACCCACGUAGGGACACACACGUACACACACGUCCUCAAACGCACACACGCACGCUCGCACACACACACGCACACAUGCCUCUACUCUAUGGUCUCAUGGCACAGGAGGUUGGUGGCACCUUAACUGUGGA